UCUCAACUCUUCCUCAACGAGGACGGACAACACUGCAACGAAGAAAUACUCUGCUUUGGAUCAAGCACUCAAGAACAGAGAUCGGAGAAUCAAUGGCUGCUGCGUUUGCAUCGACGACGGCCGUGUUGGGGUCGGCUCGCCCGGGACGGGUGGCCGUCGCUCGGCGGUGCGUGGUUGCACGGGCGUCCGCGACGAUGGCGGCACCGGCGGCGCUGGCGGCGGGAAGGACACACUACGAUGUGCUCGGCGUGAGCGCGGGGGCGAGCAGGAGCGAGAUCAAGGCCGCUUACCGGCGCCUGGCGAGGGAGGUGCACCCGGACGUCGCCGGCUGCGGCGGAGACGAGGGGUUCAUCCGGCUGCACGCAGCCUACGUCACGCUGGCCGAUCCCGACGAGCGCGCGCGGUACGACCGGGACGUGACCAGCCGCGCCGCGGGGAUGACGAUGCGGCAGGCGUCGGCGACGACCGGACCGGCGUUCCGGCGGCGGACGUGGGAGACGGACCAGUGCUGGUAAGACGUACGGCCGGGCAAACGCGGCUGCCCUCCGGAGGCCCCGACCGGCGGCCGCCCGGUUCGGUCAGGCACGGCGCUGGAGAGAAGGUCUUCUCGACCAUUGUGCUGCUCCGUAAGAUCAGGAUUUGACGGCUUAGAUUGGGUGACGCGGACGUGGGAGCUCUGUACACGGCAAGAGGCGUUUUUAAAGAUCUCUUGUGCGCCCGGCCAGCAAGAUGCAAAUAUGUAAAUGAAUUAGUUACCCAUAUACUGUAAAUUAACGGCCAAGGAAUAUACCGCAGUAAAUUAUGCAAGUAA